GAGCUCGGAGAGAACAUCGGCUAUCGCUCGGGACAAGUUUGCUAACAUGUUGGGUCGCGUCAUCCUUCACGCGAUGACUCUAACUGCGGUUGUAGUAACAGCAGAUAGUGAUUACUGCAUUGAAGAUUCUUACGGAACUGAAACAUCUGAUAAAGUUUCGCGUAUGAUUGUCGUUAAUCUCUAUGAUACUGAUAGUGACGUAGAAGUUCCUGCUGAUGCAUGUCUAAGCCUGUUGCACGAAAGACACGUUGUGGGCGUAAAAGCAUCUGCUUGCAGCACGCAUCCAUGGACUUUGAAAAUAACAAAUCUAACCACAAUCCACGUCCAUCAUCAAUUCUUUGACUUGAUCGCACUAAACGUGACAAUAUCUUGCUUAUUUGAACCCAAACCUGAUCAAAACGAAACGAUUAUAGGUACUACAAAAAAGAAUCCCCAUAAGAUUGGUAGACGUUCAGCGAGUAAUAUAAAAUAUGGAGAUGUAACUUCAGAAUAUGAUACUGUAGAAGAUGUAAAUAAAGAAGAUGAGACUGCACAAAAUGCAAAUGUAGUAAAAGUUGCUCCCAAAUAUAAUAAACCAAGUAAGCCAAGUAUUGCUAAAGUCAUAGUCAAAAAAUCAAAGCACGGCAAAUCUAAAAAACAUUCGAGGAAGGUCAAAUUUGUGAACCAAAAUGCUGGUAAGAAUGAAAGGAGAAAACGUUCAGUCGAACUAGACUCAAAUUCGAGCUCUAUCUCUAGCUCAAGUUCCGAAGAAGUUAAUGACAUGACGAAUAGUCAGCAAUACAAAUUUCCUAAUAACGCUACAAAUGUGAACUGAAAUUCGUCAAUUAUGUUAUUGUCGAAAAUUGUUGUAACUGGUGA